UGAAAUUUCAUCGUCUCGCCGCUCUCGGGAGACUUUCUGAAACCUCGCAUCAUUUGCUUCCGGAACGGCCACGAAUUUCAAAUAAUCACGCUUCCAAACAGUCUGUGCAGAUCCAUCGUCGCCCUCCCAAACAGCGUGGUUUUUUGCCGUGGCUAAUUACCACCACUCCAUUGUCAGUUAUUUUGGUGUUGAUUAUGACCAUCCUUCCAAAGUCAACUGGUCGAAUUGGCAUCGAGAGAGAAGGGGAUACCCUCUGAUCCUAAAGCUAGGGAAAUUAUUAGCAAGUGAGGCUUUUGGGAGCAAAAUGGCUAGUGGAAACUGUACUUAUAAGCCCAUGAAAGCCACGUCUAAUGGAGUGUUCCAAGGAGAUAAUCCCCUAGAUUAUGCUCUCCCUCUUGCCAUCUUGCAAAUCUGCCUCGUGGUGAUUGUUACCCGUAUUCUUGCUUUUCUCAUCAAGCCUUUAAGGCAGCCUCGGGUGAUCGCAGAGAUUGUUGGUGGAAUAUUGCUAGGCCCAUCAGUCUUGGGACGGAACAAAACCUACUUGAAUAAAAUAUUUCCCUCUAGAAGCCACACAGUGUUGGACACUUUGGCCAAUCUUGGUCUCCUUUUCUUUUUGUUCCUUGUGGGCCUUGAGCUAGACCCCAAGUCCCUUCGCCGAACAGGAAAGAAAGCGCUUGCCAUUGCCCUUGCUGGAAUCAGCCUCCCAUUCUUAUUAGGAAUCGGAACAUCAUUUGUACUUCGCACAACUAUUUCAGAAGAAGUCAGUAAAGCUCCAUUCUUGGUAUUCAUGGGAGUGGCACUUUCCAUCACUGCAUUUCCCGUGCUGGCUCGUAUUUUGGCUGAGCUCAAGCUCUUAACCACUGAUGUAGGUCGAAUGGCCAUGUCAGCGGCUGCUGUUAAUGAUGUUGCUGCAUGGGUUCUGCUCGCUCUCGCUGUUGCUCUUUCUGGUUCUGGACGUUCUCCUUUGGUUACACUCUGGGUUCUAUUGUGUGGUUGUGCUUUUAUAUUAGGUUGCAUCCUUAUCCUCCCUCGAAUUUUUGGAUGGAUGGCUCGACGAUGCCCUGAAGGUGAACCUGUCGGUGAAUUGUACAUUUGUGCCACGUUAGUUAUAGUAUUGGCUGCUGGUUUUCUCACUGAUCUUAUUGGGAUUCAUGCCCUCUUUGGUGCAUUUGUGGUUGGAGUUAUUGUGCCAAAAGAAGGGCAUUUUUCUUCAGCUCUUGUUGAAAAAGUAGAGGAUCUAGUUUCUGGUCUCUUGCUUCCAUUAUACUUUGUCUCUAGUGGAUUAAAGACUAAUGUGGCCACCAUUCAAGGAGCAGAAUCAUGGGGUCUUCUCAUUUUAGUCAUAUUUACUGCUUGUUUUGGAAAGAUAGUUGGCACCAUAGUUGUCUCCCUCCUCUGUAGAGUACCUGUACAAGAGGCUCUUGCUCUUGGGUUCCUUAUGAAUACGAAGGGAUUGGUGGAGCUCAUCGUCCUUAAUAUUGGUAGAGAUAGACAGGUAUUGAAUGAUCAAACUUUUGCUAUCAUGGUGUUGAUGGCUAUCUUCACAACCUUUAUCACAACACCUACAGUCAUGUCAGUGUAUAAACCAGCUAAAAGAAGGGCAAAGGCUGACUAUAAACAUAGGACAGUUGGGAGGGAAGACCCGAGCUCUGAGCUUCGACUUUUGAUAUGUUUCCACAGUGGAAGGAACAUACCAUCACUGCUGAAUCUAGUUGAAGCUUCACGCGGCUCUGGAAAAAGAGAAGGGCUUUGCUUAUAUGCAUUACACCUCAUGGAAUUAACAGAGAGGCCGUCAGCUAUACUGAUGGUUCACAAGGCUAGAAAGAAUGGGCUCCCUUUUUGGAACAAAUCACGACGAUCUGACACAAACCAAAUUGUAGUUGCUUUUGAGGCUUUCGAGCAACUUAACCGAGUAUCCAUUCGUCCCAUGACAGCCAUCUCUGCUAUGUCCAACAUUCACGAGGACAUAUGUGAAAUUGCAGAUAGUAAAAGAGUAGCAAUGAUAAUCAUCCCAUUUCAUAAACACCAAAGAGUAGAUGGAUCCUUAGAAACCACUCGAUCAGAAUUUAGGGCAGUGAAUCGAAGGGUUCUAGCACAUGCACCGUGCUCAGUGGGGAUCUUAGUAGACCGUGGACUUGGUGGAAGCACUCAUGUUGCAGCAAGUAAUGUUUCUUCUGUAAUGACUGUGCUGUUCUUUGGGGGUCCAGAUGAUGAAGAGGCCUUAGCUUGUGGUCUACGAAUGGCAGAGCAUCCUGGUAUUAGUUUAACUGUUGUGUGUUUCCUAGCAGGAAGCUCAGAAAAUGUAGUAGCAGGAGGAGAGAUUGUGAGUGUUGAUAUAAAUGAGGAGACAUUAAGUAAGAAAGAAGGAUUAGGAGAUGAGAAAUUCCUGACGAAAGUGAAACAAAUGGUAUCAAAUAACAAUUCAGUGAAGUUUGAAGAGAGGAAGGUAAAGAAUUGUGAAGAAGUUGUGGAGAUGGCUAGAGAGUAUAGUAGAUGUAAUUUGUUCUUAGUAGGAAGGAAGCCAGAAGGUGAAGUGGCAAUAGCUUUGAAAAAUAACAAAGGUAAAGGCGAGUGUCCAGAAUUGGGACCAAUAUGUAAUAUACUUACCUCUUUAGAGUUCUCAACCUCUGCAUCAGUGUUGGUGGUGCAACAAUACCAAGGCCAGAAAGCUGUGAAUCGUGCACACUCCUCGUUCGCCUCUAGUAGGGUAGCAACUAUAUUUGAGAAUGCAGAUGUGGGCAAGGAUUCUAAGUAACUCUCUUAUCUACUCUCCAUAAAGUUUAAUUUAAUGAUGUUUGUACCUGUAAAUAUGUGUUGUGCAAGUUCAUUUUCCAUAUAUGGGAAUAGUAGCUGCUAUGUGUUGGCCUGUAUUGGAAAAAUUCAGCAAGAGAUAUGGUCUUUGAGAUCUAGCUUGUUUUACUUUAUGUGCGAUGUAAAUGUAAAACUGCAAAUCAACGAUGAGAUCUAUGUCCAACUUUCAUCACGGCUUUGCCUUUCUAAAGAUUACAAUUAAUCUUCCUUGUAA